GUAGUUAAGGGGGCGGGAACAAAUCAUUUCCGCCGUGUAGCUCGUGUCUGUUGUUUAUGAAAGAUUCAACAGGGGUUGCAGUCAGAAUAACUCUUCAGUUCCUAAAAUCAUGAAGCAGCUGCCUCCAGAUACUGUGCGGCUGCUGUCCAGCUCACAGGUCAUCACCUCUGUGCUGAAUGUUGUGAAAGAAUUGAUGGAGAAUUCCCUGGAUGCUGGAGCUACAAGCCUUGACAUUAAACUGGAGAACUACGGAUUGGACCGGAUAGAAGUGCGUGAUAACGGCCAUGGAAUCAAAGCUGAAGACACUCCUGUGAUGGCUCUGACACAUUUUACUUCAAAGAUCUUUUGCCACGAAGACCUGGAGCGACUGGAGACAUACGGCUUCAGAGGAGAGGCACUGGGCUCCAUCUGUGCUGUGGCCGAGGUGGCUGUCAUCACAAAGACAGAGGAGGAGGACAUCAGCACACAGUACACGCUGAACUUCACAGGACAGAUUGUUUCUCAGAAGCCGUCUCACUUGGGUCAAGGAACAACAGUGAGUGUCCUGAAGCUUUUCAAAAAUCUUCCAGUGAGACGACAGUACUAUUCCACAACCAAGAAGUGCAAGGAAGAACUGAAGAAGGUGCAGAACCUGCUGCUGGCCUACGCCAUUAUAAAACCUGAAUUAAGGCUCACACUCAUUCACAAUAAGAUAGUGGUUUGGCAGAAGGCCAAGGUGGCCGAUCACAGAAGUGCCCUCGUUGCUACACUGGGGGCCAGCACCGUUGCCAACCUGCUCCCUUGCCACCAUCGCCAAGAGCAACCAGAGAUUGUUUUAGAGGGCUUUUUUCCAAAGCCUGGAGCAGAUUACUCCUCUACAAGCUCCUCUAACCCGGACACAACAUUUAUAUACGUCAACAACCGGCCUGUCCACCACAAAGAUAUAAUGAAGUUGUUGCGUCAACACUACACCGCUCAGUAUCCAGAUGACUCAGCGCGAAACCGUUAUCCCACUGUCAUGCUUAAGAUUACAGUUGCACCAAACUCAGUCGAUGUCAAUCUGACACCGGACAAGACCCAGGUUCUUCUUCAUAACAAGGAGGCUGUGCUGACCGCAGUGGAGGUGUUUCUAGUUUCUCUCUAUGGCUAUCGGUGUAAUGAUGCCCCAAAAGCGAAGCAGCUCGCUUAUCACACAUCCUCCACACCGUCCAGUCCUUCGCAGACUGAGGCUUUACAACCGGACAAUGAACAGAGUGUAGAGAGGGAUGAUAGUCUCACCAAGCUACAGAAGACCUACCUCAAAGAUGCACCUAAACACAUUGACACAGUUCCGUUGAGCACUGAAGCUUCAAUGGACCGCCCAACCUCAAACGGCAGCUCUUCAUCCUCCAUAGCCGAGGACUGGAUUGUAAACCAGAUCCCAGCUAGGUUCGACUCCAGCUUUUCUCUCUAUGACGAUGAAACGGCCCAGACUACAAGCAAGUCCCCUGAGAGACUUGAAGACAUUGCUGUGUCAGGUGCAGACACGAGAAAUGACGAGAUAUCUGCCGAAGACUGGAGCCGAGGGGCGGCUUUGAUCGACCCUGUAUCGGGUGAACCCCUGCAGCCCGUCAGCAUCCACCAACCUUUAAAGAACAAUCAUUCAGACUCAGAUAAGGCCAAGAGUCAUGGCAGCCCAAACAAAAAGAUGCUCAACGCCAUAACGGAGAAGCGGGCCGUUCUGACGGCCUACGACCUGAUCAGCCACCGCGCCAUGAGGGCACCACUGACCCCCGCCGCCCUGUUCGAGAAGGAGGCCAGGACAGACGUCCUCAGGGAGAAACCUACAGCCAGCCUGCAGGAUAUCAGCGUCACAGUUCAGGAGAGGUGGAAAAAUCUGAGGGAGGAAGACCGUAAGAAGUAUGAGGAGAAGGCAAAAAAACAUCUGGAGCACCAUGACCAGAAGACCAGGUUGGCCUCUGCUGAAGGCCCCAGAGAGACGAGUGUGAGCAGCCCAAGGGGCCAUGCACAGGGCCACAAACGCAAGGCCCCACUGUCCAACCAGCAGCUGCUGGAUGAGCUCUUCUCUGUACAGCCCCAAAAGAAGAUGAGGAGCCCUGCACUGAAGUCUUCGCAGCCCCUCCCCUGCAGCAUAGCUGCCCUUCGGCUGCAGCUCCAGCGCCUUUCAUCCCAGAGCAGCACAGUGCCACGGGGCGUCCGUCUUGUAAACCGGCUGUCCUCUCACAGCGCCUGGGUCAUUUUAUGUGGUCAGAGGCUCAUGUUGUUAAACCCAUUUCGGGUGGAGGAAAGCUUGCUGUUUAAGAGACUCCUUGAGAAUAAUAUACUUCCAGCAGUGAGUCUGCAGACCCCUAUACCGUUAGCAGAUGGAAGUCUCGGGGGGGCUGAAUAUACUGAGGCUUUGUGCAACAUGGAGAAACAAAGCCCUGAGCUACACGGAGGGGCCCUCUUCUCUGAUCCUAGGCUUGUGGCUAAUGGCUUUCAAAUCCAAUUCACUCCAGGCCUCACCUCAGACGAGAGACAUCUGGAAGUGACAGGAAUGGCAGACUGCGUGCCUUUCCUCGGUGUGGAGGACCUCAGGGAGAUCCUGACUGCAGUUCUUCACAAGAAGGCUAAGACCGUGCAAGAGUGCCGGCCACUUAAAGUCAAAAACUACCUACAAGGUGAAGCAGUACGACUUGCCCGUCAGUUACCUAAACAUUUAUCCAGGGAGGAUGUGGAGGAAACUCUCGUAAGGAUGGAUCAGCAGCUUGGAGAGAGCAGCCAGAGCUGCAUCCAUGGACGACCGUUUCUCCAACAUCUAUCUGAUGUCCCAUCGACUGACCAGGAGGCUAAAGCUCUGCUGAAGCCUUUAGAGCUGUAAGAACACAUCUUAAUAACAAAAUCACAGAAGUGCAAUAUCCAGCUGUCUCAUUUUAACGCAGCUGAUUAUCUUCAAUGUAAGCUACUUGAUAUGUUUCUAUCUCAGAUGAUGUCCAACAUUGUUACAAACAGACCACAAAAGACCGUAUUUUUUAACAAUUUGUGCUUUUCAUUUUGUUCUUUAAUUUCACAAUAAAUAACUUUAUUUGACAGAA